GAGAUGGCAAGGCUUCUUGAUUGUUUUUGUCCACAAGAGGAUCUUUCAAGCGCGCUGCUUGAAAAAUUUUCCAUGCCGGACUUUCAACCUGCUUGCUUCUCACCGAUUAUAUAUAAGCUGCCUUCCACUGGGACAUAGGCACUCGAAUCAUCUCCCCAGGGCCUCUUUGGAAGCGUAUUUCUUCAUCUAAACUCAGAUCGAAUGGGCUGGGUGAUCCUUUGGGCAGCACUCUCUGCCUAUGUUGCGCACAAAUUACUAUGGAUGGUUCUUCGACGCCAUUUGCUUCACAAGACUACUGUCGUCGAUGACCUCGAAUUUUUGGGUAGAGCGCCUCCCCGAGAGAAAGUCCAAGGGGUCGCAGUGAUAGCUGGUGGAAGCUUAGCCGGCUACGUCACCGCAAGAGUCCUAAAGGACCACUUCGAGAAGAUUGUCAUAAUCGAGCCUGACCCUGCCAUCACUCUCGAGGGAAGGGUGCCACAACGCGCCCAUUUUCACGUCAUUCGCUCCGGGGGAACGGCAAUUCUGCGCAAAUUGUUUCCAACUUUCCAGGAGGAGGCUUCUAAGAGUGACGUUUACAUUUCUCCAAGGUUCAUGAGACAGUGGGUGGGACUCUCGUACUUUGGAGAUCUGGGGUUGAAGAUUGGGGACACUGUUACCGGCUCGCGGUCUUCUGUUGAGACUCUCGUUCGACGUCUAUCAAUCGAGUCUUGUGGGGACAAGCUUCAACUUAUCCAGGGAACCGUAACCGGUGUCGAAGCCUCGUCCGACGGGACUGCAAUCCGCUCAGUCUCUUUCCGUCCAGCCACCCAGAGUCCAACAACGGGUCUAACAAUGGUCCCGUGCGCACUGUUCGUAGACUGUUCCGGUUCUUCUUCUAUUGGUAGCAAGUUGUUGUCCACGGCCUCCAAUAAAUGGGGACCCUAUGAACGCACAUCAUACAACCCGAAAAUCAGAUACCACAGCACGUCUAUUAAAUUAUCGCCUAAAACGCAGGAUGAAGUGGCGAGAUCACUACCUAAACACCAUCGGGACUUUGGACGAUGGGGUGCUUGUACUAUCAUUGGACUCGUUAUUCCAACAGCUGAAACGGGAAAAGAUCUUUUCGGGUACCAGAGAAUCGACGGGGAUCACUUGCUCCUCAUAUAUUCUGGAUGGGAUCUUGACACUUGUCCUGCAACCAUAGCCCAGUUUGCUGAUCUAGGUCGUCAAUCGACCGCCAAAGCUAUUCCAGAAAAGCACCGCAGUCGAGACGAAUGGUUCUUUGAGAUCCUGCGAGUUGUUGGAGAAGGCACAGGCUUGCUUGACGAACCUCUUAAAUGGAACAGCUACACAUUGACGAGUUGCCAGUGGAUCGAUUACGCGUUUAAACCAGUUCCAAACAACUUCAUUGCCGUUGGCGAUUCCUUAAUGCGCGUGAAUCCGGUCUUUGGUCAGGGUGUUAGCAGACUUCUCUUCAAUGCAGCCGUUCUUAAUUCUACGCUACACCAAGCGCUCCAACCGGCCGCGGGACACGCCGAAUUGCCGCGAGGCUUUUCUCACUCUUACUUCAAGCGCGCUUUCCCUAUAGACAAAGGCAUGUUCGAUGUUAAUCGCAUGCUGGAUUAUGGGUACGACAGCACCGUCCCUCAGCCAGGUGAAACACUGGCAUUUGGAACGACGUUUAGAAAGUAUUGGGCAUUUGUGCUGAACCUUGUGUCCCAUGACGGCGAAUCGUUCAAGGUUUUUGAAGAUGUUUCGUGCGGGCUCAGGCCCGCGAUAGAUUUGAUCCGUCCUUCCUUCAUUUUCAAGUCGUUGUUCUGGAUGUGGUGGUCGCCGCCAGCCUCAGCGUAGAAUUAGCUGACGGAGGGUGGG